GAAGAUACUCCUUCCCGCCAAAAGAACGUUAAAUGCUUGGCAUCCCAAACAUCUGCGCAAGACGUUUGCUGGGUGUUUAUGUUGUACUUCGCUCGGGUCCCUUAACUCAUCAUGUCGACUUCGUUGCUGCUUUCCAAAAUCAUACAAACUUUUCCAGGAAAAAUAUGUGCUCUAUUUUAGAACCCUUAAAAGAUUGUUCACCCACAUUUGAAAUUUUCGAACGGCUUCAGAAGAUCGUCGACGCGAAGGCUAGAAGUGGAUCGUUUUGGUUUCAGUUUCUCGAUACCUGCACUGAACUAGAUCGUCCAAUGCUGGCAAAUGCUGCGGCCGAUUUUGUUGCAAGCGCACCCUUUCGGCACAGUAAGGCCGCGGUCAUGAAGGUUUUGGAACUGUUCGCAGCGCAGUCGAGAUUUACUGAGUUCCGAUCUCUGUUUGAUCUUCUGCACUCCGGUCUAACUGCUCCCGAAAAGGUCGUGUUUGCGCUUGAUCUCAUCAGAGUCCUUUCACAAACGCCAUAUUACAAAGAAACCUUAAAUAUUCUCCCGCUGAUUGAAAAGCGCCAUCGGAAUAAUGCUCUACGAUACAUUUGCGAAGGUGCCGCCAAGUUUGACUCCACACAAUCAGCUCUUACCUCCUUGAGUGAGCUAGACACUUAUCAUCCCCCACCGACCGACAGUUUCUUUGUCGAAUUGCUCGCCAAGCUUCCCACAAAGGAAGGUUAUUCUGUGAUGAAUAGUCUCCUCGAAAUUAUACGCACAAAGCAUUGGAUUAUCUCAGAAAGCUCCGCCGGAAUGAUCGCCUCUUGGUUUAACAGUCAGGACGCACAAGUCUAUACAGCAACGAUGGGAAUUCGUAUUAUGGGUACAAUGUGUCCAGCAUGUAAAAACAAACUGCCCGUUUUUCAAAUGUCUGAACAUGCUGUAACAAGUAUCUCUAAGGAGUUUUACCAGAGAGCAUUUAAGGGUGAACAAGAUGAGCACUUAUAUCUCACGACGACGCCGAAAGAGUUGGACUCGCUAGAAAAAUUCUUGGAGAGUCAAGAUGACCGUUUCGACUGCGUGAUUGACUUCCUGAACGUAAUGCACCAGCUUUGCGUUCCAUUUGAACCAAAGAUGGCCGGCCGGGUUAUGUGUGAAAUCCUGCAAACCUUCAAGAGGGAGUUUAACUUCAAGCGAUUUUGCCUCGUCAGCAAAGGUAACGUAGUAAUCCGUCAUCCGACCUUCAUGGCCCAAGUGAAAGAACUUGGGAACAAAUUGGGUAUUUCGGUGUUCACUUUCAUUACUCAGAACAAAAGCGAAGAUGACAUUUUCACUAUCUAUAUCGCGCUGUGGUCUGGACCCAGAUGUUACUUGGUUUCGAACGACGAAUUCAAACAACAUCGAUUCAUCGUCGGCUCUCAAUUGGGCUUCCAAAUUUUUCGAUGGCAAUCUAUCAGGCAAAUUGGGUUGAGUCCUGGCAGACACGGAACGCCCCUAGUCCCUCUACAAUGCGACACAUGUGUACACGGUUGCGGUGACAGUGGAUGGCACAUACCGUACGAUGAUAAAAGCCCGAGGAAAUCUUACGUCCCUCCCAAUCUGUGGCUUUGUGUGCGGUUGCUACGUCCGAUGUAAUAUGACAGUACAACUUUGUAAAUAAACCCCUACUUUUCCAAA